AUUCGCAGACGCUGUGAUGACAGAAACGCUCUGGUGUCGAGGUGAGGACACCGCAGCUCGCAGCAGUGGGGGUGUUCUCCCAGGGGUUCUUUUUCUUUUUUCCCCUCCUUCUUGCUGCUGAGACAAGGGGGGAUGCUGUUCUGUGCGCUGACUUAGGUUGCAUCCCUCAGUCGUGUGUAGCUGCAAGUCUGCUGCUGCUGCUGCUGCUGUGCUCGCUGCCUGGGCUUUAAACGAGGGCAAAAAAAGCUUCUGACGGAUAAGCUAAGCUAACGCAAAUCGGUGGUCCGGCCGCACCAUGAGGUUGGUCCUCCUGCUCUCUCUGCUGACGUUGGGCAGCAGCAAAUACUACCAACGCGUUAACGUCAUGGACAUGAUGAGAAACUACGACGUCAUGAUGGCCGAUUCCGGGGAUGACGACGACAACAACUUUGACGAUCACUACGACAGCUGUCCCAUGGGCUGCCAUUGCUCACCCAGAGUGGUGCAGUGCUCCGAUCAAGGCCUGAUCAACGUGCCGGCCAAGAUUCCCGGCGACAGCUUGAUGAUCGACCUCCAGAACAACGACAUCACCGAGAUCAAGGAAGACGACUUCAAAGGCCUGGACAAGCUUUACGGACUGUUCCUGAUCAACAACCGGAUCUCAAAGAUCCACCCGCGGGCCUUCAAGAACAUGAAGCACCUGCGCCUGCUCUACCUUUCCUACAACCUGCUGACGGAGAUCCCGGCCAAUCUGCCGUCCAAUAUCAUCGAGCUGCGCUUCCACGAAAACGAGAUCAACAAGAUCCAGAGGGAUGCCUUCAAAGGCCUCAGGAAGCUGCACGUGCUCGAGCUGGGCGCCAACCCUCUGGCCAACGGCGGCAUCGAGCUGGGCGCCUUCAACGGCCUGGCCACGCUCUACGUGGGAAUGUCCGAGAGCAGGCUGACGGCCGUGCCCAAAGACUUGCCCUCCUCCAUCACAGAGCUCAACCUGGAGUACAACAAGAUCUUGAAGGUGGAAGUGGAAGACUUCAUCAGAUAUAAAAAUCUCCAGAGACUGAGCCUGAGCUUCAACCAAAUCCGCUUCGUGGAGAACGGCAGUCUGGCCAAGAUCCCGAACAUCCGCGAGAUCCACCUGGACAACAACAAUCUGAAAAAGGUCCCGGUCGGACUCAGCUCCUUGCGCUACCUCCAGGUGAUUUUCCUCCACGCCAACAAAAUCACCAGCGUGGGCGUCAACGACUUCUGCCCCAUCAGAUUCGGCGAGAAAAAGAACUUGUACAGCGGCAUCAGCCUGUUCGCCAACCCCGUCAAGUACUGGGACGUCCACCCCGCCACCUUCCGAUGCGUGGGCGGACGACGGGGCGUUCAGCUCGGAAACUUCCGGAAGUGACGGCCACGCGUCGGCUGGACAGCUAGGGACCGUCCGUCAAACAGGGGAGAACCGGAAAUGAUCGCAACUUAAAUAAAAGUCUCAUAAUCAGAGAUGAAACCGAUGUGAAAAAUUUCACAUCACGAUAAAACAUGACCAAAAUGAUCAUCAGUAAUUAUCACUAUUAUCACAAUAUUGCUAAAAAAAAAAAAAAAAAAAAAAAAAAGAUAA